AGUUUCGGCGAGAGUACUGUUCUUGAUCAUUUGCAUUGCGUCUCAGGACAUCGAUGGUUGUAGAUUGCCCAUCCAACUUUGCUUGAAGAGAUUUGAUCUUCUGUUCCUUCUCUCUGCUUCCAUUCUUGAGGUCAAGGAUUUGACCUUCAAGUCUUUCUACAUCAGCUAUGCGUGACACAUGUCGAGACGAAUCAACAGAACGGGGUUCAUGUCGAAAUUGACUGCAUCAUUGCUAUUUUGGGCACAGGCGUUGCCGUCGUCAUCAACAGUUGGUGUUGCUGCAUACUCCAUCUUCCAGUUUAAACUCUUUCAAAGCUCCGUCAGUUUUUCUGUUAAAACUGAUUCUAACUGACAAAAUAAAAGAUUGAUCGGAAAUAAGAUUGCCCAAGAUUCGGAAUGGGGUUGCAAAACUAUCUUAGAGGAAAUAUUUCAGGAUACGUGAUGCGUUUUUCGUCCCUAUUUCUCCUACUGGCGGCAUCAUCAUCAGCAGAACUACAAGUGAUAAGUGAUGUGAGAUUAGAUGACGGCCUUUGGAAAGGAAUCCCUACUGUUGACCUUGAGAACAAGACCAAUCUUCAGAUAUGUGCUAAUGAGACUUACUGGUGCGCCGAUGCGGCAGACGCUAUCUGUCAGUAUUUCGGAUUCGAGGGGCAUAUGAUCAUCAAUUUGGAUGAAGUACCCACGGAACCUGAAUCUGAUGAAGAAUAUGCCUUGUGUAUGGUCGAUCGCAAUAUCACAGACUCUCGUCUUCAGCUUGCUUGUCAGAUCACUACGAAAUGCGAGAACCUACCAACAAUCUCCUGUCUACUUCCCGGAUAUGAGGGCUGUUACAACCGAACGGAUGACAAGCCGUUCUUUUCUGAUGGUGUGAAAUCAGAUUUAGGAGAUCAACUUCUUGAUAUCCAGACCUGCGCCAUAGCCUGUAGUGAUAGUCCAUACCUAGGACUUACGAAUGGCCAGGACUGUAUCUGUGGAUCAACACUAGGGGAUCGUAGUCUUGUAGGAGAUUGCGAUGUGGGAUGUGAAGGAGAUGAUUUACAGCAAUGUGGAGCAGAUGACGGGAUCAGUGUCUACAGUGCUAACGUGAUUGGUCAGUGUGAUGGAGAACGAGUGGAUCUGAUGCCUGGCCAACCGCAUUACAUCACAUCACCGAAAUUUCCAGACGACUACGAAGCAGACGUGAACUGCACCUGGGUAUUGGGCAUCGAUGUUGAUAUCUCCCAUGAUCUGGAGAUAAUCUUGACCUACCGCUUUGCUGACGACAACGAAACUCGGUAUCUUCAAAUCUCCUCUGCAUCCGAUGUCUUAGAACUGAGCCUUCAAGGGUCAAACGGCACGGAGGUCCUUGAAAAGAAUCCCUACAACGCUCUUCAAGACAACAUUACGGUGUCUUUUACACCCCCAGAGAGUGGGACAGGUUUCGUCAUGAAAAUCUCUCUUAAGCCUAAUCCUAUGUACACCACCGCUCCACCGGUAGCUAUGACCACGUCCAAGGCUACACGGAAUGCCAACAUGGACAACCUAGCUAUGUCAGCUGUUGUUGGAGUCAUCUUUGUUGUUUUUCUUCUGAUCUAAGAAGGAGCUACCUGAUCCGUGAUGUGAUUUCUUAUAAUUAGCUCAUUCUUAAGCAUGAUUAUGAUAAAUCAAAAUAAUGAUUAACUCGUUUUUGUAUUACAUAAAACAGCAUCCAUGCACUUGAUAAUGAACAGAUAAUAAAUACAAAUACAAAUGAUAUUAUAAGAUAAAUCCAGAAGCGAACAAUGACGUAAUAAUAAUAAUUAUGAUGAUUCAAAAAUCAUUGUAAAAAAAUACAAGAUUGUUGAAUAUAACACGACAUUCAAAUCAUUAUCUAGAUCAAUGUUUUUUCGACAGCAUUUUUCUUUCCAUGUGUAUUUUAAUGUUCAAAGAAAAUAUAUAGUGUCCAUUGAUUUAUAAACCUUUGCCAAUCUCGGAUACAAUCAUUUGUUUUUACUUCUAAGAAUCUAAAUCGUAUUGUUUGAAUUACAUUUUGAUUAUUCUAAAUGUGAUGAAAUAUGGAUAUCAUAAAUCACAUAUCAUUAUGAAUCGAUCAUUAUUGUGGUUAGGGAAUCCAAACGAGUAGUUCCUUAGGGGUAAGGUACGAUACCAUUAUUCAAAUUAUUAGUGUUUUAUUAGUAGCGGGUUUUCCAAACUUCAAAGUACUCUAUAUAAUGAAUUUAAUGGUGAAGGUAUAAAUACAAAUUGCUUUUUUACUUACAAAACCAUCGCUGAUAUUAGAAACAGCCACCUAUAUUUACUUCUAAUGACCCAAUGUUAUUGCUGAAAUAAUGUUUAUGUAAUGACUAUUAUGUAGCAUAUAAUGUAUAAUGUGCUCUUUCAGAUGUACUGUAGUUCAGUGUGUAAGAUUUACAAAAUCAGAUCUGCUUUUAGUUUGAAGAAAACAAAGUUUCCCUUAGGCUUGAUAGUAAAUUAUAAAUAUCUAUUUAUCAAUUCGUUAUUCAUAUAUUACAUUUGCCUCCCACGUAGUCUGCACUUGCGAACGCACAAAAUUUCCGUUUCACCUCACACAAACUUCACCCUUUUCAAAAUAGACAAGUUUUGAUCUCUUAACUUCAUACCAAAAGUUAGUGCUAAAAAAAGUUGUCUUGUGUGCUUUGUGAUGAAUUAAUUAAAGGUAUUUGUAGCAGUAUUGACUGCAUUAUCUUAUUACGUAUACUGGUAUUUGUUCCAUGUAGCUUAACGAAUAAACCAAUUCGAGGGGAGGGGUGUUUCAUAAAAAUUUAAGUUUCAUUCCAACCUCACUAUGACAGAACAUUCACGUUAGUUGCUUUCGUCCAUGUUUAGGCAUGUGCACACAGUUGGUGCCAGAAUAAGAAAAAAAGAAGAAAAGGAAUAAGUAGAAGAAAAAAAUCGACUCAUAUUGGCAAAGCCAUAAAGAAAAGAUUAUUUUGUCCAUUCCACUCUCGACUCAGGUGGGUACCUGGCAGAAAUUUAUUCCUUGAAAUGCCGAGCGCUGGAAGCUAGCUGCUUGAGCUACAGCCAAGUCCUUUGAAAGCGCAUAGAGACGUUAUUCAUAAUGUGUUAUGCGCUAUACGAGAACUGACUAUUAUUAUUAUCAUCAUUAUCUUGCUCCCCCCCCCCCCCCCCGUAUCAAUUGCACCAAAAAAGACCCAUGACACAGUAUAAAUCAAGUUAGAAUUCUAUGUUAUCCUUCAUUUUCUGACGAUAACCAACAAAACUAAUGUAAACUUUAUUGCACGAUUUCAAAGAUUAUAAUAUCGAAGACCAUGCCAUUUUAUUCACAUAAACCUCGCAUGUCAACCAUAACAAGGGUAAUGUCAAAUAUCUCAUACGGUUCGUGUCAUUGUGCGCUAUCAUUUAUCAAAAUAAAGUUUG